AAGUUAUAACACACCAAAGCUAUAAGUUAUAAGUUCAAGCUUUUAAAUCUUGAAGAGUGCACUUACUUACUUACUUACUAUAUGGGAAAAUCUAAGGGAAGUGUUGAUGGAGUUCAAAGUGAUGUGAAGGUUGUGGAGAUGAGAACUAUUUGGAAGAGUAGUGUUUAUGAUGUGUUGUUGAGGGUUCUUGCUUUUUUGCUUACUCUAACUGCUACUAUUAUUGUUGGUGUUGACAAAGAGACUAAGAUCAUUUCAUAUUCUGAAUUGCAAUUCAAAGUUACUGCUAAGUGGGAAUAUAUGUCUGCUAUUGUGUUUUUCUUGGUGUCAAACGCUAUAGGAUGUUCAUAUGCAGCAAUUUCUAUGGUGAUUUCAACAAUUGCAAGAACCAAUGGAAACAAAACAACACUGUUAAUAAUAACAGUACUAGACCUUAUCAUAAUGGCAUUACUCUUCUCAGCCAAUGGAGCAGGUGCUGCAGUGGGAGUGUUAGGACAGAAAGGAAACUCACAUGUCCAAUGGAUGAAAGUGUGCAAUAUAUUUGAUGCCUAUUGUCGUCACACCACUGUUGCUUUGGUUCUCUCUAUCAUUGGUUCCUCAAUCUUCCUUUUGAUUGUGGUUCACUCAGUUUUCAAACUUCAUUAUUAUAGAUCAAACUAGAUCAAUGUACUAUAGUAUAAGUAUUACUAGUUACUAGUGUUAAUGUGUUGUUAAUUCUAGGUGUUAAUUAAUCUUGUUUUCUCUUAGACUGUUAUUAAUUAUUGGAGUUGCUUGUAUUAAAUAUAGGUACUAUAUGUGAGUUAUUAUGCUUCUAUUAAUUUAUUUUCCUUUGUUCUAGUAGUGAAUAUUGUAUUGUAUUGAAUAUGUACAAGAUGGUAUUGGUAGGUCUAGUUAUUUAAGAGGAACACUAAAUUUGGAUACUUGUUUCUG